AUGGUUCGCCCCGACCUGGCUCUAGGCAUCUGUGCUGCCGCUGCACAUACAGCUACAGCAUUAGCAGCGUCCGUCAGCACAGCAGGGAAGCGCGAGGUCGAUUGCGCCGGUGUCAAAGCAAUCAACCCGCUCUGUAAAUCCAACGAGGCCGCAUUCCACCGAGACGCCUUUUACGUCGGUGGUGGCGACCUCACCACCGCCCGGGGAACCAGCACAGCAGGCCAGCUCUAUGUCGAAAAGCUCACACCAACAGGCGGCGUGACGCAACCCAACCCACUGGUAUUCUUCCAUGGAGGUGGCUUCUCUGGAAUCACAUGGCUGAACACGCCCGACAACCGUAAAGGAUGGGCGUCGCACUUCAUAGAGCAGGGUUACGCCAUCUACAUUGUCGACUCGAUUGCCGUUGGCCGGUCGACGCAGAUCGAAGCGGCGGGAUAUGCCCCCGUGGGAGCCGGCAGCCCAGUCGAGACGCUACGAGAUAUAUUUACGGCGCCUCAAGAUGUCAAUCAAUAUCCGCAGUCGCAUCUGCACACUCAAUGGCCGGGGACCGGCAGGGAAGGCGACCCGGUGUUUGAGCAGUUCCGCCGAUCGGCGCUGCCGCUGAGCUUCAACAUGACGCGGCACGAGACGGGGAUGCGCGCGGCAGGGUGUGAGCUGCUUUCACUGCUUGGAGCACCAUCCUUUCUAAUCUCGCACUCGUUCGGGGCGGUGACACCGUUCCUACUCACCAACGACUGCCCGCAUCUCGUGGCAGGUAACAUCAACCUGGAGCCGUCAGCAGGGCCGUUCUAUCAGUUCAACCUGGACGGGACUGGACAGGAGGCCUUCCCCUGGGGCAUGUCAAAUACCCCCGUCGACUACGACCCGCCAGUGACGGAGGCGUCCGGGUUAAAGACGGAGUUUGUGGGCAAUGCCACUGCGGUUCAGGGCCGUUGUCGGUUGUUGGUCGAGCCCGCCCCAAGGCUGCCCAAGGUUGCGAGCGUGCCGUAUCUGGCUGUCGUGGGCGAGGCGAGCAUCCACGUACUCUGGGACCACUGCGCAGCCAUGUUCAUCAGGCAGAUUGGGGGCACGGCCGACUACGUCAAGCUGGCGGAUGUGGGGGUUCGGGGAAAUGGGCACUUUUCGCACCUGGAGAAGAACAACCUGGAGGUGGCGCAAGUAGUGCAAGACUGGAUUCGAAAGCGUACUGCGCCACGCGCCUGA